AUGCGACUUCUCUUGGCCAUUUUUCUACUGGGAUGGGUAGGCAGAUUUUUUUUCAGCACAAAAAAUUUUCAGCCAAAUCUCAUUUUCAGCCAGCUCUAAUUUCUGGAAUGACUGAGGCUCACUACGCCGCUUUUCAGUUGGUUCAAGUCAUGAAUGAGGCAUAUCAUAACAAUGAUAUUUCAUCGCUGAUGAUUUUGAUGCAUCCGAAUUUGACCUACACGAUGUGUGGGUAUACUGGAGAUUACGGUAGGUGAAGCAUCUUGUUCCUCUUGUUUUUCCGGUCAUUUUGAUAUACAUAUCUCUAUAGUAGCUAAGAAUUUCAAGAGUGCACCGCAAAUGCGCCAGCAACGGUAUCGCUGACGCAUUUGUGGUGCAACAAGGAAAUGGGGCGUGUGGGGUGUUGAAAUGACCCUCAAGGUGUGAUGAGUGAGAUUCUGAUAAAAUUUUUCGAUGGAACUCAAUGUUGACGUGUUUCCGGUGCUGACGCAUUUGUGGUGCAUCCCAAAUAUAGGCUUAUGUGGUAUCAAAAAUUUGCAAAUUUCCUAUAGAUUCUGUCAAAGGAUAUUUCCAACAUCAACUGGACACAGUCUACGAUAUAAACUUCACUUUACACGGUGACACGGCAGUUUUGAUCGAGGAAAAUGGCUACAAAACAAUUGUCUUCAAAUUGGACGCCGAAUCGGUGUUUUCGGACAAAAAUCGCGUGGAAAGCACCGCGGAUUUCACAGCCAUUAAAGAACCCGCGGAUUUCACUUAUCGAAUUGUGGAAAUCGAACAAAAAUGUCGAAUCAAAUCGAAAAGACAUCGACUUUAUCGAUUGUUUACCUAUCAUGAUUUGUAUGAUUAUUGA